UCUUUUAAACAUUUUUUUAAUCUCUCUCUUUCUCUCCUCCAAAUCUAUCUCCAUUUAAGCUCUCCAUUGAAGCACCUUGAACUCCCCUUUCACCAUUGCUUGUUCUCUCUCUCUUCAUUCAUGGCUUCAGGAGAAUCCUCUCCUUCACAGUCACUCAAAUAUCAGACAUGGGUUCUUCGCGUUUCAAUCCACUGCGAAGGAUGCCGGAAGAAGGUCAAGCGUGUUCUCCAGAACAUCGACGGGGUUUAUGAGAUCUUGAUCGACUCACGGCAGCACAAGGUCACCGUCACCGGCAACGUCGCCGCCGAGACACUGAUCAAGAAGCUCGCCAAAAGCAAGAAGCACGCCGAGCUCUGGCCUGAAUCCAAACCCUUAAACCCUAACCCUAAUCCUAACCCUGAUCCUAAUCCAAAUCCCAAUCCCGCCCCCAAUCCCAACCCACCUCCAUCCGAGAAACCCAGCGAUCCUCCGGCGAACCCUGACCCCAAACCCACUGCUGACCCCACUCCUGCUUCCACUCCUGCCCCGAAACCCGCCGAUGAAGCUCCGGCGAAGCCCAAUCCUGACGAACCCAACCCCUCAUCCUCACCACCCGAAAGCCCCACCACCCCCAUCGAUACCGCCGCCGCCGCCGCCGUCACCGACCCCGCCGCCGGCACAAAGAAGAAGAAAAAGAAGAACAAGAAACCCAACGCCAACAUCGCCGCCGCUAGUGGCGAAGUAGACCCCGAAGACGACGAGGAGCCUGAUCAAGCCGCAACAGCCACACCACCUCCCGCGCACGUGAUCCAGCACGUGCAUCACGUGCCGGUGUUGAGCUACAGCACGGCGUACCCUAGCACGAGCAACUACGGCGAGACGUACUACGCGUCGGUGCCGAUGCACGAUAACUACUACGUGCAAGCGCCGCCGUAUCACCCUGAUGCUUAUUACGGUCGCCACGUGGAACGCCAGGAGUCGUACGAUUAUUUUAGCGAGGAAAACCCAAAUGCUUGUGGAGUCAUGUGAUUGAGCUUGCUUGCUUUCUUGCAUGCUUUUGCAUGGCAAUGGCCAAUGUUUUGAUUUAGGGUUAGGGUAUUGGUAGGAGUAAUGUGUCUAGUUGUAUGUAUGGGGUAUAUGGAAGUUGUUUGUUUCAUUGUUAUGUAUAUUGAUAAUUUGAUACUACUACUUGUUCAAUGGAAAGAGGGUUUUGAUGUA